AACGCACCUAUUCCGUGAUCGCCCCAGCCUCAAGCAGCGCCUCCCAAAUCCAUUCCGAAGCCUCACACCGCAACCCCCAAAAGCCAAUAUCGCGGCCAGACAUGCCAUCACCCUCGCCUCCCCGCACAGCACGCGCAGAAGAGGGCGCGCCAGAACCGCGCACCCGCUCGCGCUCGCGCUCCCGCUCUCCGCGUCGAAGCCGCAGUCCCGCGCCCCGCAAACCGAAGAACUAUGCGGGCCUGAAAUGGAAGAACGACAAAAAGGACUCGUCCUCCCUUGACUCGAGACGGCGCGACGACAGGGACGAUAGGAGGAGGGGUGAGGGGAGGGAUGGGCGCUUCGACCGGCGAGACAGAGACAGGCGCGACGAGAGGGACAGCAGGGAUGAGAGGAGGGGAGGCCGGUACGGUGGACGCGAUGAGAGGAGGGGAGACCAGUACGGUGGACGCGACGAGAGACGAAGGGAUGACCGGGACCGUCGUGACGACCACUCCGACAGGCGUCGACGGAGCCGGAGUAGAGACCGCCGUCCACGCUCAGACAACCCCCCCAAAGACAAGAAGCCCACCUCCUCCACCACCGCAUCAACCGGCGAAGCCAUGAUCAUCGUCACCGUAAACGACCGACUGGGCACCAAAACGCAAGUCCCCUGCCUCCCGUCAGAUCCUGUCAAGGUACUGAAGGCGAUGGUGGCGGCCAAGAUCGGGCGCCCGGUGCAUGAGAUUAUGCUCAAGAGGCAGGGCGAACGACCGUUUCAUGAUAGUCUGAGUUUGGCGGACUAUGCGAUUAGUAAUGGGGUGCAGAUUGAUUUGGAGUUGAACACAGGGGACUAGAUGGGCGUGUGUGAGGAGGGGACGGGGAUGGGAAGGAUGGUGGAUCGAAGAGAGGGGGGAUGGGAUGAACACGAUUUAGAUGCCCGAGGUACCAUGAAGGAAAGCAAAGGGUGCAGUGAGAUUAGAAUAUUGUGG